CAACCCACGAACGUAAACCCACCGCCCCCCUCAACUCGAACCCUAAUCCCUUUAAAGCUGCCCCUCAAUUGUUCAUCCUCUCCGCCUCCGUUCGAUUCGUCGCCCUUUUCCUCUUCUCCCCUCUCGAUCCUCGGAGCAGUUAGUUUGUCCCUUGGUGCUGCUCCAUUCUCUUAGAUGGCCCCUCCGACCAAAGCUGGUGCAAAGAAAGCUGAUGGGAAAACUCAGGCAGUGAAGGUCGCGAAGGCCGUAAAGUCAGGGCCUGCGACACUGAAAAGGAAGGUCAAGAAGAUCCGCACUUCGGUUACCUUCCACCGACCGAAGACACAGAAGAAGGCGCGAGAUCCUAAAUAUCCCAGGAUUAGUGCUCCUCCCCGAAACAAGUUAGACCACUAUCAGAUCCUUAAAUUCCCUCUUACUACUGAAUCAGCCAUGAAGAAAAUCGAAGACCAUAACACGCUCGUAUUCAUUGUCGACAUCAAAGCCGACAAGAAGAAGAUUAAGGCGGCUGUGAAGAAGAUGUAUGACAUCCAGGCAAAGAAAGUUAACACCUUGAUAAGGCCUGAUGGAACAAAGAAGGCGUACGUAAGGUUGACCCCUGAUCACGAUGCCCUUGAUGUCGCAAACAAGAUUGGCAUCAUCUAAAUCAGUGAUAAAUCGCAAGCAAUUUAUUUCUACUUUCAAUUAGGAUAUUUGAGGUGUUUUAACCUGCUAAAGUGGAAAUCCUCAGUUUUGUUUCGUUUAUUCUCCGUAGUUGUUCUACCUAGAAAUUUGAAUGAAAACUUUGAGAGUAAGUUGUUUUCAAGCUAUUCCUUUUUCACUUUGUCUGCCUAAUUGGUUGUGCUGAUCUCUGCGGAAUUGCAUCUUAAUGGUGGUGCAUCUGCCUAAUGUUUGGGCAUUUAUACUUUUGCUCAGAAUAUGCUCUCUUGGGAUGUUUGUUUCAUUUUUAAGAUCCUUGGGUUUGAUAUCAGGAUUGCGAAGUGAACAAUUGGGAAAGGUUUAGCUUAAA